UAAACUGCCGACCCGAUACAUACACCUGCAUACACCUAAAAUAUGCAACGCAUUUGUACGGUUUGAGGAUAAAGCCGGUAAUUUUUUUAAAUUCAUUAGUCAUCGAUUGAGAAUUACGGAUUUUCUAAUAUAAUGAAAUUUACAUGGAAGCUAGAUCCUCAAAUCAAUGCGCAAUUAUAGGUAUAUGAUAAAGUUACAGUGUGAAAAAUUGAUUUAAACAAUUACUACAGCGACAUUUAUGCAAUAUUAGACAAUGGUGAAGUGACUUUAGUCGUUUCUACUAUGAUUCCACGUGCUUUGACGCUGGGCCAAUCACAUAGCAUAUGGACCCGCGAAAAUUGAGUUGAGGGCAGUUGAGGCCAAUGUAAAGAGCGCAAUGUCGUCAUUGCGCACGCAGUUUUACAGCGCUUUGUACGUGAACUUUGGAGGCGGCGUUUCUGGACGAUCCUGUACUCAUAACUGAAAUGCCGGGUAUUUAUCAGUUAUGAGUGGUUAUGAGUGAUCAUUACGUGAGAGUUGAGUAGGCUGAGUGGACAUGUGAAACGUAAAUGCUAUGAGUACAACAUUUGAGGAUACAGAUUUUUAAUUUCAAGUAAUAAAAAAUGGCUGAAAAUCAAGAAAAUGACAAUUCCGUAGUGGAUUCACAAGAAACUUAUUAUGAGAAAGCGCAAAACAUGAGUGGAAGCCAAAUGUUGGAUGAAAGUCAAGAUUUUGCUUUGGUUGUUGCUGAAGAUUCAGAUGAAAGUACAACAUCUCAGUCCCAAAUUGUGAAAAAUGUUUGCGAAGCUGAAGCUGGUGGAGACUCUGUAGAACAAAAAACUAUUCUAUCAAAGACAGAAAUCAUUGAUGAUAAUCCGACAAAACCAGAGAUUUUUCAUAAGACACAAAAUAUUUAUAUCCACGAAAAGAAACUGAGUGAAGAAAAGGAUAUUCAAGGUUUAAACAUGGAGAACGAUGCUCAUGAUUCAAAAUGUAAUGACAGAAAGGGGAGCGACGAAGAAGAAAUUAUUCAAGGUACACCACCUGAAAUUCCUUCUCCAUCCAGGAAACGUAAGGCUGAUUCUUUUGAUGAACCAGCAGCUAAAAUCCAGCGAACUCUAGCACAAAGAGAUGUUUUAAAACUGGAUAGAAACAUGGGAAAUGCAGAUACAAAAUUAAUCUUGAAUGAAGUACCUAUUGAAGAUACACAAAAACCAUUAGAUAUCCUUUCUGAAAAUACCGAAAAUAUUGACGAUGCAGAGAAAUUAGACCUACGUGCUACUCAAACUUAUAAAAAUGUAGUUAUUGCAGAAACACAAGAUUCAGUUGAAUCUGAACCAGUUAUUUCAAGUGAUUUGACUGCUCUGGGAAAUAUGAGUUCAAAUGUUAAAUCAGAUGAAUCUGAUGAGAAGAAUCCAUGUUCUACAGAUAAACGUGAUUCAGAACUUGAUGCAGCUAAUAGUAAACCCAAUUCAUUCGACAGUAAUAGUGCUUUGUCAGACAGCGAGAAAGUGGUUCCACAACCUGAUGGAAACAUGUUGAUAGAAGCCUCUGGUGAGACUUCAGAAAUGAAUACCAAUGGAAAAGAUGUGCAAGAGACAACUGAAGAUGAUAAAAUGUGCAAUACUGAUGACAGCUCAAAUAUUGUGAGUCCAGAUUUGAUUGAGAAAAAGAGUUGCAAAAGUACAAAGUUUAGUGAAGAGGAAGUUAAUGUUUCCGACAAUGUGGCUAAGGAAUUUUUUGACGUGCCUCUGCCAACUAGUGACAGUAACGUAGAAUCUACUUGCGAUACAGGAUCUCAUGGUUCAAAUAAGUCACGAAUGAGCAUUGAGGUAAUAUACGACAGAAAAUCUUCGAGCCAAGAGAAAAAAAGGUGUUUAGGCUUGGUGGAAAUUGAUGAAGAAGGGGAAAAGAUUAUUUUGGAUGAUUCAAACGAGGAAAGCCCUAAAAAUACAACAAUUUAUAAGAGCUGCUUGGACAGCAAAACUAACAGUGAAUCAAGCUACAAGUCCACAGGUUGUACAGAAGUCCACAAACAUAAUGAUGACAGCCAAAUAUUAGAUUGCCAUACAUCAAAUGAUGACGAUUUAACUAUGAAUAGCAACGCAAAGACGGUUAGUUUGGUCAGCGAAUCUGAUCCAUUUGUUGAUGAUGUAGGGACAGGACUAAAUAAAGGUGAGACUUCUGCGUCCAUCGCAAGUCACCCAAAUACAGAACAAAGUUUUCGAUCCAGCCCUAAACUAAAUGACACCUUGGAGAUGGUGAAUGUUGUUACUGACAGUGAAGGAGAUAGUCUUUUUGGCAAUGUUAAUACACAAAAAUUAUCUGAUAACAAAACUGAUAAUCCAUUGAACGCAUCAUUGGGUAUCAAAACAGCAGCAAUUGAAAAGAAAACGAGAUUCUAUGUCGACUUGAAGUACACGUUACACAUUGACGAAACUACCAAAGAAAUAAUUUAUAAAGAAGUAACGGAUGUACAUUGCGAGCCAGUGUUUGAAAAUUCGGGUGCUCGAAGAAAUAGUGAUGUGUCUGGAUGUCUAGCUGAUAUAUCUGGGAAUGCCAACAAAGAUAAUUCUCCAGGAUCAGUGAUGAGCAAUCCUCAACUGUUUCAACUUCCCCUAUCUAGGCUUUCCAUUGCAUCAACGAUGAGCUCCUCAAGUUCCUUGUCAAGUGCUGCUUCUUUGGCUGCAAAACUACUGAAGAACACCAACUUCUCCGAACCAAAAGGUCGUGCGAAACAUGCUAGAAGGCCACCAAUGGAAGUGCACUCAGAAGAAAAAAUUAUUGAUGGUUGGAAGAAUACUCGCUUAAUUUCAGAAGCGCUCUUGCAGUCUGCAAAUGCUUUCAUUUAUUCUCCAGAAAGCUUCCAUCUUGAUAACGAACCUGGCAAAAUUGAAGACAAAGUAUUAUCGUCUACGCCAGAAACAAUAGAAGAUACAGAAAUGCCCCCGCAAGUGUCAACUCCGAAAAGUACAAAGGCUAAAAGACUAUUAAAACGGAAACGUACAACUAAUGGAACUGCAAAAAGCAAUGGUAUCAGGAAAGGCUCCCCAGAAAUUGUAACUACCAGUCAAGAAGCCAGACUGCACGUUAACAAAAAACGUGAGAGCAACGACAGUGUUCAAUCAGAUAAGCUAUCGAAAGAAAUCACAAGUUUAUCAACUCCUAGUAGCCUGAGCACAAGAACAGAGACGCUGAGAAGUCUAACUCCACAAAAUUUGCCAAAUGAUGAAUUGAUAGGCAAAGUCGUAUUUGCCAAAUGGUCAGACAAUACUUACUACCCAGGUGAAGUUAUAGGUAAAACUAAAGACAAGUAUAGGAUAAAGUUUUACGAUGGUAAAAGCAAACUUGUGAUGGAGGAAUUUGUAAUACCUAUGCCUGGAUCAUUGAGGGAAGGUUUAUCUGUUUAUGCUACUAGCAAAGAAGACGGCUACGCAUCAAUGGGGAUAAUUUUGAAAUCCGAGAACGUUAAAAAUAUGAUAUAUUAUACAGUGGAAAUGGACACUGGGGAGAAAAUUAGAGUCCAAAUCAACGACAUAUCCUUGAUGCCAGGGCAGGCUCAAAUUCUGAAGGAAGAGAUGGAUGUGGCUUUACAAAAUCUACCAAAAACUCCACAACACUUGGGUCGAGUUAGUCUUGACAACUUAAUCGAUGGUAAAAGACGAUCAAGGCGAGCUGCCACUCCGACUGUGUCGACACCCAAAUCAAGGAAAGCCAUUUCUCCAAGAUCUAACAAAACAGCUAAAUCCAUAUCUCCGUCUGGUUCUGGUCUUCCUAAACUUAAAGGAAAUAAACAAGCAAUAUUGACUUCAGAAAGCGAAACCAAAACAAACGAGUCUGAUAUUUCAGCGACAGAUGAUGUGGACGGUGUUGAACCUGAAUUACCAACAAUGCCAUCAGUUCCAAUAUCAAAGGGACCUUCGGAUAGAAUGAAAGGGAGAGGACGAGGCAAGUCUAAGCAAAUACAUGACGAUGCCGAACUUGGACCUAUACCUCCGGCAUCAUCGUUAAUAUUUGAAAAUAUGUCUUUCAUUUUGACCUCCACCUCGUCAGAUGUCAUUUCACGUCAUCAUACAGAUGAUUCGUGUUCGGAUCCUGGAACAGAAAAUGAAGAGGAAUGGCUUAAAACGCCAUUUGUGAAAGAUCGGGUGAAAAAACAAUUGGUUAACGGGGGAGGAAUAGUGUAUGAUUCCUUUAAACAAAUACCACAAUCUGAAUAUAAAAAGGUUAAACUUAUCACCAAUGUACCAAAUUUAACAGCAAAGAGCAUACAAUGCCUUUCGGUUGGGAUUCCAACUUACAGUCACAACUGGGUAAUCCAGUGCUGUCGGGAUAAAAAAACUCUCAAACUUACUCCAUACGAAUUGCCAGCUGGUUGGAGUGAAGAGAAGAGGAAAUACAUUGAAUCGUACGAUCGAUUGAUCAAACAACCAUUUAAUGGGAUGAUAAUAGCCUUGCCAGUACUGGAUAACAGAAACGUGAUCAACCGUACAAUUCAAUUUUGGCGCAGUAUCUGCGAGAAUGCCGGUGCUGUAGUUCAAAUAAUAAACGACCCAGAAACUGAUUUGUCUCAUGUAACCGCAGUACUGACAGAUAACAGAUGCCCGUCUUGGCUGGUUGAAAAGGCUGAUAGUUUGCAAAUUCCUUUGGUAUCGACAGUUUGGAUUGUACAAUGCAUAAUUGUAGGCCAAUCUCUCCAAUACGAUUCUCAUCCUAAAUAUUCCUAUAAUUUUAUGCAGCCCUGAGUGAAUUUUAACAUAUCCCGAUAAUUUUUAAUAUUACCCUGUUUAUUUUCAUCUACGACAUUUUUUUACGACCAACUCAAAUGUAUUUUAAUUGAUAUCUUCAUUAUUUUUUUAAUUUUACGACAACGAUUCAUUUAUAGUUUCGUAAAUUAAAUGAACUAAACUAACAUAUGUGCCAAUGCAUCAAAUGGCAACUCCAGACAAUCGAGGAAGAAUUUAUAGGAAUUGUUUCAAUAUUGGUGCAGGAUUAAUUCAUCACGUGAUUACUUUUGUGUAAUAAUCAAGUAUGAAAAGGAGAAUUUAGUGUUUGGAUCAAUUGUCAUUUUAUUUAAAAACAAAAACUAGUUUGUUUUUUUCACUCAUAAACUUGACCUAGGGGAUGAAAUUACAUAGAUGAAGCGAGCAUCAAAUUAUGAAUGAAAUAUAAUAUCGAUAUUUAGGAUAGCCAUUGAACGAAAGGAAUGAUGGGAAUAGGAAUAAUAGGACCUGAUUUUUAAGGUACAAGGAAAACCUACCUUUGCGUACAACAUUUUUUAACAAAUAGGGUGAAUACUUUGACUAUGAAGUCAUUUUGAUUGCAAUCAAAAUAUAAUACCGCAUAUAUUAUUUUAAUAAUUUCGUUUAUUGCUAUUACGAAUUAUAAAAUACAAAUGUUUUAUGUACAAUUUUUCCAGCAUGAAAUAUAUUGACAUAUUUUGGCAAUUCUGAUGUUUUUCCAUUUGUUUUCUCUGCUGAUUUAUAUCCGUAAUUCAUUUUACACAAAUUUGCAGACUUCAAAUAUGCGGAAUUACCGGUACCUAUUAUUAAUGAAUUUUAUACUAAAUAAUUUCCUCAAAGUAGUACACAAGUUUUACAUAGAAUAAUAUUCAUAUUUUUCUACACAAACUAUUAACAUGUAAAAUUUGACUACCAAAAAUUAUGAAAUUCUAAAAUAAUUAAGGGGAAUAAUAAAAAAGUACAAACUGCUACAAAACAAAACGUAUAUCAAUGUCUUACUCGACUAUCUCAUUUUAUUAUGUAUUUUCAGUAAACUUAUAAAUAGUCAUUAGAUAAAUCACGACUGGUGUAUGAAAAUUAUAAAAGACGAAACCACAGCCACAUCCAGUAAUAUGUGAAAAUAAUGUUUCGUG